AUGAUAACACGGCUGUAUAACACAGAGGAAGACCCUGCCCUUUGUUCGUUAAUUUGGGGCAGAAACCUGAGUGUGUCGAGCGCGAAUGAACAAAUCGAUGAGGAUGGUGAGACGAUGAUUGUUGGUAGUGUGGCUGGUGCAACACCAACCCUAUACAGCGCACACAAUAGUUUUGGCAGCGGAGGCGGAGGCAAUGGUGGCGGUGGUGGAGGCGAUGGCGCCAGCUCUCGCAGCAAUGCCGAGACGGCGGAGGUGAUCUUUGGCAGCUCAGCUGUUGGUGGUGCUGGUGGCAGUAGUUUACGUGAUGAUUUUUUCAUUGCCAACGAGUUUCCUGAAGAUCCACGCACGGAGGCAUUACGUGAGUACUCGUACGGCAUUAUUUUGCCAAUAAUCUGCUCGCUUGGCAUCAUUGGCAAUGUCCUUAAUCUGGUUGUAUUGACGCGUAGGAAUAUGCGCGGAACAGCUUAUAUUUACAUGCGAGCGUCUAACGAAUUGGUUUUCCUUAAUUUCUACGCCGAAUGGUGUCGCUUCAGUAAUUUACUAGCGCCAAUUUUCAAUGAAGCUGCUGAUAAGGUGAAAGAGGCUUUUCCCGAACCUGGAAAAGUAGUGCUCGGUAGAGUCGAUUGUGAUCGCGAAACAGCAAUUGCAUCUCGUUUCCAUAUAACCAAAUAUCCUACACUCAAAGUGAUACGCAAUGGACAGUUGAGUAAACGUGAAUAUCGAGGGCAACGCUCGGCCGAGGCAUUUUUAGAUUUUGUGCGAAAACAACUUGAGGAUCCAAUUAAAGAGUUUUCAUCAUUGAAAGAUUUAGAGAAUCUUGAUUCGAGGAAACGUAUAAUUAUAGGCUAUUUCGAUCGCCGUGAUCAGCCAGAGUAUAACACUUUCCGCAAAGUGGCUACAAAUCUGAAAGAAGAUUGUCAAUUUCACGUUGGUUUUGGUGACGCAGCGCAGGCCAUGCAUCCGCCAGUUGUGGACGGUAACAGCAUUGAAAGAGGUAAUGCGCUUUUCAAUAUCAUUAUAGUGGUUGUGCUAGGUGGAAAGUACACAUUGCAUAUGGUGACUGUCAUGUGGUUUUAG